AUGACGACCUACGUCAACAAUAGAGGUGGAAACAACCCUCACGCCGACCCAGAGCUGUACUAUGUCAAACAGAACAGAAUUGGCAAGGGCAGCUUCGGAGAGGUGUACAAGGGAUAUGACAAGCGGACAUCCCAACCUGUCGCUAUCAAGAUCAUCGACCUCGAAGCGGCGGAAGACGAGAUUGACGAUAUCCAACAAGAGAUCCAGAUCUUGGGACAGCUUGAUAGCGAACAUGUCACACGGUACAUGGGCUCCUACCUCAAAGGCUCGCAUCUAUGGAUCAUCAUGGAAUACUGCUCCGGCGGGUCCUGCUCAGAUCUGAUGAAAGCGGGCGUGUUUGCGGAGGAGUACAUUGCAAUCUUGGCGAAAGAGCUCUUGAGGGGACUGGAGUACCUGCAUAGCGAGGGGAAGCUGCACCGGGAUAUCAAAGCCGCAAACAUCCUCCUCACCUCGAAUGGCGAUGUCAAGCUCGCCGACUUUGGCGUCUCCGGCCAGCUCACCGCUACGAUGACUAAGAAGAACACCUUUGUCGGGACGCCAUACUGGAUGAGCCCAGAGGUCAUCAAGCAGUCUGGGUAUGACCACAAGGCGGAUAUUUGGUCUCUAGGAAUCACGUGUAUCGAGAUGGCGAUGGGAGAACCGCCAUAUGCCGAUCUACACCCUAUGAAGGUGCUCUUCCUCAUCCCCAAGAACCCUCCGCCAACGCUGGACGAUCGCAAAUUCAGCAAGACCUUCCAAGAUUUUGUGUCUCUAUGCCUGCAGCGGGAUCCCAGAGCGAGACCUACGGCUAAGGACCUCUUGCGGCACAAGUUCAUCCGUACUGCUCGGAAAGCGAGUUAUUUGACGGAAAUCAUCGAGAAGCAUCAGAACUGGAAGUCGGAAGGAGGGGGAUCGAAAUCCCACGACGAUGGGUCAAGCGGCGGUCCGUACGAACCCGCUUACGGUCCCGCUUCCGACAACUUGUGGGACUUCGGCACGGUCCGUAAUGCUCUUCCGCAGCAAGGCACGGUCUCUCGAGCUCGACCACUUCCCCAGCCCUCAGUUUCGGGCCGCCAGCCCGGACCUGGCUCAUCUACGUCAACGUCAUCACCCGAGUUUGACCAGAUUCAGACCCCUCAGCAGAUGCAGCAGCCCCUUCCUCCCGCAAACACGCGCAAGGCCGAUGAUCAGGCUACACCCAAGCGGUUAGCCCAAAACCCGCCUCCACCCAGCAAUACGUACAGCACAAUCCGACAGGCGCCGAGCACGGAGAAGAUGAGGGGAUCGGGGCGGUUUGUGGGAUCAGUGAGGGGUGCGAGGCAGAUGCCGGCGAGUCAGACGUCAUUAGCCUCGCAGGCGGGGCAAGGUCAAGGUCAGGGACCGGACGCGAGACAGGGCCAGGGGCAGCCGCAGCAAGGAAUGGAGGGAGAUCAGGGAGACGAGGAUCUGAUGUUGGAGGGUGUCAUCUUGCCCGCGCUCAGCAGUUUGAUGGAGCGCAUACCCAACGAUCACGCACGCCACGCGUUGACUCGGCUGAGAGAGGCGUUCGAGGAGGCGGAAAUGGCGAUUCCGGGGGUGACGAGCGCAUUAGUUCUGGAGAUUGUGGAGAAUGUGGAGCAGGUGGAUGAGGUAUGA